UUGCUUUCCCUACAAAUUUUCACACAUACAUUCCCGGUCAUAAUUCAAUACAAAAGCACCAGCCAUUUAAGUCCAUCCAAAUACCGUUGGAUAGUCGGAGAAGGGAAGAAUGGAGCAAACCAUGAACAGUCGAUUUCGACCCCCCCAACCAGGCCCGCUCAAGAAAGCAACAGGUCACGGAAUCAAUACCUCCGAAACUCAAAAACGCCUAUACCUUUUCGGGCUGAAGACGGAGGGGAUGAUUCUCAGCCUGUCGUAGCCAACAACCACUCUAAACAGUUGAAAGAUACAGCGGCUGCAAUGCAACUGGCAGCCCAACUGGUUGCAGCCAAAUCCGCUAUGUAUUCAGGACACCAAACGCGAGAUGAUGCUUUGCAGCCAGAUCUGGAAGAAGUGCGAAGGUCCUGUAUUGCACAGAGAGAAAAACAGGAGAAAGAGGUUGAAAGUGCAGAAAGAGUCAGUACCACCCAUGGCCAGGAGCUUUUGGAUCAACUUAACGACAGAGAGGAGUUUAUCGAAGUCAACUCGACAAACACUAAUGGCGAUAGUGUGAAACAGGCUUCAGUGAGAAAGGAUAGCCUGUUGGGUCUUCCAGCCGAAACCGAUCGAGUUCAGGCGGAUGAGAAAAUAUAUCAUGAGGAUGUCAGAAAGCUGUUGUGUGUAGACAAGCGCUUGACAGGAAGUCAAAAUAAUGCAUUUGAAGUCAUGGUACAAGGGAUGCAGGAAUCGGCGGCGACGACACUCAUCAAUCUUUCGCUGCCCCCACCGCCUCCGAAGAGAAAACUCUGA